AAAUAUUUUGAAUUUAAUUUUUUAUUACAGGAUUCAAUAGCAAUAAUUAAUAUUGGUACUGAAAUGUUUCCCCUACUCAAGUGGAUGGAUUGGAGGCCCUGCUGUACUAAGGUUGUACAACCCACGCUUCUAGUACAAACCCCACACACCUAAGUCAUCUAUUAUAGUGGUUUACAAGUUUCCUAUCACAAGUGUUUAUCUAUAAAUAUAUCCAAUACUCACACCUCCAGAACUGCGACAUUCCAAUAUAGAACAGUACUUCUCCUUCCAUUGCUUAUCCAUGGCUGCUCAUAUUCCCUUGCAUGUAUGGCUUCUGAUCUCCAUCACAGCUGCCACACUAUGCGUCAUCACACAAUCCCAAACUUACAUUGUGCACAUGGACUUAUCCGCCAUGCCCAAAGCCUUCUCCAAUCACCAUAGCUGGUAUUUGUCCACUAUUAACUCUGUAUCAGAUCAAACCAAAUUUACCACUUCUUCUGGAUCUUCUUCUUCUUCAAAGCUUCUCUAUAGUUAUAACCACGCUAUUCGUGGGUUCAGUGCCAUUUUAUCCCCUAGUGAGCUCAAUGCCCUUAAAAAAACUCCGGGUUAUAUUUCAUCUACCAGAGAUUUGCAGGUUACAGUCGACACAACCCAUUCGUUUAAAUUCCUUGGCCUAAACCCCCACAUCGGCGCAUGGCCGGCGUCGAAUUUUGGCAAAGAUGCCAUAAUCGGACUAGUCGAUUCCGGAGUUUGGCCGGAGAACGAGAGCUUUAACGACGACGGCAUGACCGAAGUCCCAUCGAGAUGGAAAGGAGAGUGCGAGAGCGGCGUCCAAUUCAAUUCCUCAAUGUGCAACAGAAAGCUCAUCGGAGCUCGGUUCUUCAACAAAGGCGUAAUGGCACAAUUCCCUAACAUAACCAUUCUUAUGAACUCAACACGCGACACCGACGGCCAUGGCACGCACACCUCCUCCACCGCCGCAGGCAAUUACGCCGCCGGAGCUGCUUUUGACUGUGGCUAUGCCAAAGGCACGGCCCGAGGAGUGGCGCCGCGGGCUCGGGUCGCUAUGUACAAGGCAAUCUGGGACGUGGGAGCGUAUACGUCCGACAUCAUCGCGGCAGUCGAUCAGGCCCUGAUCGACGGCGUCGAUGUUCUGUCCUUGUCGUUUGGCUUUAACAACGUCACCUUGUACGACGACCCCAUCGCCAUAGCCACCUUUGCGGCCAUGGAGAAGGGCGUGUUUGUCUCCACCUCGGCGGGAAACGACGGGCCUACAACUCGAAGUCUGCACAACGGAUCGCCGUGGGUGCUCACAGUCGCAGCCGGAACUGUCGACCGGACGUUCUCCGGGACAGUGAUUCUCGGCAACGGAGUGUCGGUCACGGGAUCUUCUUUAUACCCAGGGAAUUCGAUGGCAACUCCAGUGCCGGUUAUCUUAAUGGGGACGUGUAAUAACGCAGCGGAAUUGAAGAAAGUUGGGUACAAGCUCGUUGUGUGCAAAGACAACGAUGGCUUCUUGAGCGAGAGAAUAGAAAAUGUCGCAGAGGCAGGGGUCGCCGGCGGCAUCUUUAUCUCGUACAACCCCAACUUGAAUGACUACAUUACAACCUCAUUUCCGGCAACGUUUGUGAGUCCUCAGAUUGGAAAAAUCAUCACGCACUACGUGGAGAGCGGGUCUGACCCAAAAGCGAGAAUCGAGUUUAGAGCAACGAUUCUCGGCACAAAACCUGCGCCACUCGUCGCACCAUACAGCUCGAGGGGGCCGUCACCGACUUGCCCGGCAGUUCUUAAGCCCGACAUUAUGGCUCCCGGCGACCUAAUCUUAGCUUCGUGGCCUUCGAAUCGUCCGGUGGGCUACAAUAACUCGAUGCCAAUCUUCGGCAACUUUAAUCUCCUGUCGGGAACAUCAAUGGCAGCCCCGCACGCCGCCGGCACGGCGGCGCUGCUGAAGGAUGUGCACCCAGAAUGGAGUCCCGCCGCCAUCCGAUCCGCAAUAAUGACCACAUCGGAUUCAUUAGAUAACACUUUCCAGACUAUCAAAGAUAACGGAAAUUAUCAGAAUCCAGCCACUCCUCUGGCAAUGGGGUCGGGACACAUCAAUCCCAAUAAGGCUUUGGACCCGGGGUUGAUUUACGAUGCGAAUCGCGAAGAUUACGUGAAUCUGAUUUGCGCAUUGAAUUAUAAUACGAUGCAAAUCCAGACAAUCAUAAGAUCCUCUAAUUUCAGCUGCGUAAACGCAUCUCUCGACCUCAAUUACCCUUCUUUCAUCGCCUUCUUUACUGGGAAUGACUCGACCAGCUCCCUGACUUCUACAAAAGCGCAAAAAUUUUACAGAACGGUGACCAAUGUAGGGAAUGGAGCGUGCAGCUAUCGGGCGAACUUGACAUCGGUGGACGGAUUUCGAGUCACCGUUGUACCGGAGAAGUUGAAUUUUAGAAAAAAAUUCGACAAACAAAGGUUCAUGCUGAGCAUAGAAGGGCCGAAAGUGAUGAAAGAAACCUUAGCUUAUGGAUUUCUGAGUUGGGUCGAUUAUGAAGGUAAAUAUGUGGUGAGAAGUCCCAUAGUGGCUGUGGGGAAGCUAUAGGUAGUUGAAUGGUCUCCUUUUGGGGGCUCAAAGCACGUUCAUCGGUUGGUUCGCCGGUGCCAUUAUACUGUCAAUUUGGUUGGUGAAAAAGGGGGAAAAAAAAAAAAAAAAAGGUUGGUGGUGAGGUGACUUCAAUUUCAGCUGAUUGGAGAAGCAACGGUUUUAAAAUUUUGCGGUGGACACCGAUUGAAUAUUUUUGUAUUCAUAAUCGUAUCCAUAUAAGCAUUAUUUGGGGAAUUAAAGAUACUCUUCACGUGAAGUCAUUAUAUAU